UUGUAUGCGACCAUUCGACUACGUCAUCUUCCCGCGACACGUGUGUUCUGUCACUCAAGCAAGGGGGCAAGUAAAGUGAUAUGUAACUACAUGUGAACAUCUCUGUUGUUGGGAAACGGAGUAUGAGUUUAUUGUGAGGGAACACACAGUGGAAACAUGUCUGCGGCUCUAUCGCGCUGCCUCUGCAGGGUUUUAUCUCGACAGACCGCUCCGUCAAGCGUCCUGUUGGGAGAACAACACCAUGCUGUACAGAGUCCUUGGUUUGCACCAGUAAUGACACUGAAGACAUCUGCUCCACUGAGAGCGGAGCCCAAAAAGAAGAAGAAAGUGGACCCAAGAAGGGAGCAGCUGGCGAGAGAGAGGCUGAAAAAAAAGCUGAAGAGGCUGGAGAAGGUUCCACCCGAGUUCAUCCCGAUAGAGGACUUCAUUACUCCAGCCAAAUGCUUGGAUGAGACCAGGGAACGCUCUGCACCAAAGCUGUCAUUUGAAGAAAGUGAGCGUCGAGCCAUGAUGCUGAAGGAGUGGUGUCGAUACAAAAAGGACCAGCACAUGGCUGAAAUGGAGGCUAUUGAACUUGCUCUAGAGGCACAGAGGGAAGCACUGGAGGAGCUGAAAUUAGAAUCUGAGGAGCUGUACCAAGCAGCACUGAAACCAGACCCCCUUUUGUUUCCCUUCACUCAUGAAGGUCCCGCCCACACACCACCGAUUGCUCAGUUUGAAGCGCCUGAAGGAAAAUACACGGACAUCACUAAAGUUUACACGCAGUGAUGGACAGGACAGUAGUUGUGCAGCCUGUGUGCAUUGUCAUUUAUUUAGUGUCUGUCCUUGAUUGUACCUGAUUGAAUAAACCAAGAUGCAGCCUUACAACAGCCUGCAUGUGCAGGUAUGGAGGCUGCUUUAUAUAUGUUUUCAUGCAU